CUCUGGUCCUCCCACCUGUUUACGUCAUCGUCUAUGGCAGUUGUGAUUCACGGCUGUCUUAUAAGGGAAGUGUGACGUAAACUUGGUCUCCAACGUCACUGCGGCCGACUUCCGGGCGAUUUGUGACUACAUGGAGGAUCUCCUCAGCCCAGCACCGCAUUCAAAAUUUAAAUGUCCCAAGAUCUGGCGGUAAUUUUCUCACUGGUGGUGGAUGGAGUAAACGAGCGACGUAGAAUACCAGUUGGUAUUGAAGAUUGGUAUCGGUGAGUUACCAAGUUGCCUUACACGAUGUUAAAAUGUGAGUACUUCAAUAGGAAUUUUAAGGAAAAUUAACAUUUUAAGUUACAGCGAAAAUGAAUGUUAUCGAUAUACAAUUUUUUUUUUGCAUACGACGAGAAGACACACGGUCAAAUUAUGUUACGAUUUUAAAAUGAACAAGAUCAAACACUACUCUCCGAUAGAAUUUUAUUCCUUUUUUUUUUUUAAGUCACCAAACUGAGAAAAAUUUUGGAUUUCCUUGCUUCGACCUUAGUCAUUUUUUUUAAAAAUAUGUUGACCACUGCAGAUGGUGUGUGUUAAGGGUGUGUACACUGUGUAUUGUUCACAAUGUGUACACUUCGUUUUUACUUGAAACAACCCGUUCGUCGUUCGCACGCCACAUCAAUGACUGGGACAACAGAAAAGAAUGACAUGCUAUACAUCAAAUACGACAGCACGGGGUUUUUGGUGUAGUCUUUCUUGUGGUCAAAUUUGCAACGUGGGUGUGGGCUAAAUAUGAUCGUAGGGAUCUUCUGUCAUAUAAUUUUUGCAGGGAAAUCUUGAGAGAAGACUGCCCCACGAGAUCAGCCGAAAAUAGUGCUGUUUCCAUCAUCUGAGUAAUAAUGGCUUGGAAUUUCCAUUAUCUUUAAAAACUGCUACGAUGGACAUCAGGAAAGAAUUAUGCUUUUAUUUAAGUGAUCUGGUUCUUAAUGAUGUAGUUUUAUGUUUCUUACCGAGCGAAUUUCGGCUUCGGUUUCGGCGCCGAAAGUGGCCAUUUGAUCACUUUCGGCCUAAUAUCGGUUAGGGCCGAAACUGAAAUGUUAAAUUUUGGUUUAAUUUCGGCUUCGGCCGAAACUGAAAUGUUAACUUUCGGUUUAAUUUCGGUUUCAGACGAAAGUGAUUGGGACUUUCGACCAGAGACUUUCGCAAGUGGCCGUAAGUGACUGGGUUUUUCGGUCAUCUUCCAGAGGUGAGACUGUCUGUCUCUAGGCAGACAAUCCGAUAAUCAUUAUUGCUCGACGUCUUGCUGUCAUCGUAUGUUAUAUGACUAAUACUCCGCGAAAACUGCUCGCAACACUUGCAUGAUGACCUACUUGUCCUUGGUUUCCCAAAAAAUAAAUUUGAAUUAGGCCUAGGCAAAUGUAAACAGUUUUGUGCAAGAAGAACUAGUGAAUUGAUAAUAUUUUACAUCAUUAUUUUUUGUUUUAAUUUGUUCAAAAAUAAAAUUUGGAACUCUAGGUUUAUUCAAUUCUUUCAUUUGUGAUUUUCAUUUUGAUGUAUCAUUAUCAUGCUCAUCAAUUUUGUGAAAGGCAAAGGUGGAUAAUAUUGCAUAACCCUAGGGAAAGAUAAUAUUUCUCCUAUUAUUUUUUUAUUUUUUUUUUUAAUUAAGAAACCUAGACUUUUUCAAUUUAUUUAUUUCUUGAAAUUCAUCUUUAUCAUGCUUAUAAAAAUUGUUAUUGACCAAACAAGAAGUAUGUGCAUGUAUCACUGGCUUCUAUUAUAAUUAUGUAGUAGGCCUACUCCAGACAUGUUUAUUUUUUAUGAUUUAGGCGACCAAUUUAGAUGUCUUGCGAUUCUCCGUCGAGACCCGUCAGAAGAACUAUUUUAAGAGACUCGGUUUAAAAAAAAAAUUAUUUCCCUCACCGAAGGAGGUGAGGGAAGUCGGUCACCGAACGCAAUAAUUACGUCACCAGCACGAUAAGACUAAUGUGUUGGUACUAGGCUAAAUAAGAACACAGGCAUAUCUUGCAAGCUAUUUAGCAAAACACAAAGCAUGAGUAUGACGAAAACCGCGAAACAUUGUUGUGAUAUUUCUAUAACCUUAAUAAUUGAUAUUUAGGUGACAAUUGACUUUAUUAGAGCCACAAUAAUUAUUAUAGGUCUAUGUUCUAGAUUUUAAUUAUUUUAUAAAGGAAAAGAUUUUAAAUAUUUUAAAAAAGAAAAAAGCACUCAAGUGUUUUUUUUGCAUGAAAUUCCCCCCCCCCCCCGUGCAAAUUUUCUCUUAUCAUACUACUUAAAAAACAUUUUUAAGAAAUUUAAAUUACUUUUAAAAUAAAACAGUAAAAGCCAAAGUAUUCAUUACGUGUUUAUUUAUUAAUAUUCACGAUGAUCUCAUUUGUUAAAAAAAAUAAUGUAAAUAUUGAUACUUCCCCCCAUCAUUUUUUUUAUGUAUGUAGAAUGUAUGCGUGGACGAAUUUCAAAAUACCUAAAUAUAUCAGUUUCGGCUUCGGUUUCGGCCGAAACCAAAAAUUUAAAGUGCUUUUUAUUUUCGGCUUCGGUCGAAACAGAAAUGUUAACUUUCGGUUUAAUGUCGGUUUCGACCGAAAGUCAUUUUUAAAUUUCGGCCUGGUAUCGGUUUCGGCCGAAAUCAUAAAAUCACUUUCGGUCGGUUUCUAGCGUCUUUAAUUUUUUUUUAGUGUGUGUGUGUGGGGGGGGGGUGUGUCCUUUUGAAUGUGAACUUUCUACUUUUCCUAAAAACUCUAAACCACGGCCUGGAUUAGACGCUAUUCACGUCUGGACAAAAGAAAUGAAAAUAAAUGAGGAUAAAAUGUUUUCACCCACACUCCCCACCCCCCUCCCCUCAUCCACCCCACCCCCAAAACAAACGCAUGUGUUCCCCUGGCGUCUUUCCCGCUCGAGUUUGAGAACGUGGGUGUGUUGUAGUAAUGGUAAUAGGGUAUCAUUCACCAGCCAGAGUUACUUCUAGCUGCACUGGGCGUGUUGUCGGUUCACUUCAUGGCGUAUGGCGUCAAACCCAAUUUGGACACCUAAAUGUACACUAAGUGUUCAGCACCAACAGGUAGGCUUCUUAUCUGCGACCCGUAACGAAAGACACAAGUCAUGUCUGUUAUUGUAGUCAAUUGUACUCAUUUCGAUAUUGUUGUUUUCGAUAUGUUGUUUGUUGUUUUUUUCCUUGAACCCCUGUUAAUAUUCUAGUGGGCCUAGUCACAAAUAACGUAACGAUUUUUAAAUGCUAAAAACCAUGGGUGUAUAAGUAUAAGUGAUAUAAACUAGGUAAUGGUACGGUGCUAACUAUAACUGAUCUAGUCAUAUAAUCUCGGUAAUAGUAUGGUUCUAGCUAUAACUGAUCUAGUCAUAUAUAAUCUAGGUGAUGAUACGGUGCCAGCUAUAACUGAUCUAGUCAUAUAUAAUCUAGGUGAUGAUACGGUGCCAGCUAUAACUGAUCUAAUCAUAUAUAAUCUAGGUGAUGGUACGGUGCCAGCUAUAACUGAUCUAGUCAUAUAUAAUCUAGGUGAUGGUGCGGUGCCAGCUAUAACUGAUCUAGUCAUAUAUAAUCUAGGUGAUGGUACGGUGCUAGCUGUAACUGAUCGAGUCGUACACAUAUUAUUUGAGGUGGCUUUGCAAUUAACUAGUUUCGUUAAAACUAAAACCUCAUUUAUGCACAUAUAAGUUUUUCAGUUACACUUACUGUGCACUUUAAUUCAAAAGGACAGUGUCAGACGUUGCGCGGAGUUGCGCCUAUUGCAAAAACAAACAAAAAACAGCGAAAAAAUAUUUUGUGACGAGACUAUCCAUACAAAAAUGAUAGUUGCGUAAUUGUUUCGAAUAAUUACCCACAACAUUUCAUAAUUUGCGUCGGACACACGUGGCAUAACCCUGGUAACCCUGGUAACUGUUUUUUUUUUUUUUUCUUCCUAAAUGUAAGAAUUAAUUUGACCAAGUCAAAAACAAGCUUCCAUUAUUAUUUUAACAGGGGAUAUGUCUCGUUUUAUGUAUUUCUAGCCAACACAAGGUGAUGACUGUUGUAGUGGGGUAGCUAGAAAGGCUGUGAUGUGAUUACAACCAAUGACAAGCCCCUAAAAGGCUGAAGUUGAAUCUUUGAUAAAUCUCACGAAGGGACACGAAACCCAGAAUAAGAUGAGAGGGGCACUCUGUCCUAAAAUGAGGAAUGCUCUGUCCUAAAAUGAUGAAUGCUCUGUCCUAAAAUGAUGAAUGCUCUGUCCUAAAAUGAGGAAUGCUCUGUCCUAAAAUGAUGAAUGCUCUGUCCUAAAAUGAUGAAUGCUCUGUCCUAAAAUGAGGAAUGCUCUGUCCUAAAAUGAUGAAUGCUCUGUCCUAAAAUGAUGAAUGCUCUGUCCUAAAAUGAUGAAUGCUCUGUCCUAAAAUGAUGAAUGCUCUGUCCUAAAAUGAGGAAUGCUCUGUCCUAAAAUGAUGAAUGCUCUGUCCUAAAAUGAUGAAUGCUCUGUCCUAAAAUGAUGAAUGCUCUGUCCUAAAAUGAGGAAUGCUCUGUCCUAAAAUGAUGAAUGCUCUGUCCUAAAAUGAGGAAUGCUCUUUCCUAAAAUGAGGAAUGCUCUGUCCUAAAAUGAUGAAUGCUCUGUCCUAAAAUGAUGAAUGCUCUGUCCUAAAAUGAAGAAUGCUCUGUCCUAAAAUGAUGAAUGCUCUGUCCUAAAAUGAUGAAUGCUCUGUCCUAAAAUGAUGAAUGCUCUGUCCUAAAAUGAUGAAUGCUCUGUCCUAAAAUGAUGAAUGCUCUGUCCUAAAAUGAUGAAUGCUCUGUCCUAAAAUGAUGAAUGCUCUGUCCUAAAAUGAGGAAUGCUCUGUCCUAAAAUGAUGAAUGCUCUGUCCUAAAAUGAGGAAUGCUCUGUCCUAAAAUGAUGAAUGCUCUGUCCUAAAAUGAUGAAUGCUCUGUCCUAAAAUGAGGAAUGCUCUGUCCUAAAAUGAUGAAUGCUCUGUCUAAAAUGAGGAAUGCUCUGUCCUAAAAUGAUGAAUGCUCUGUCUAAAAUGAGGAAUGCUCUGUCCUAAAAUGAUGAAUGCUCUGUCUAAAAUGAGGAAUGCUCUGUCCUAAAAUGAUGAAUGCUCUGUCUAAAAUGAGGAAUGCUCUGUCCUAAAAUGAUGAAUGCUCUGUCUAAAAUGAGGAAUGCUCUGUCCUAAAAUGAUGAAUGCUCUGUCUAAAAUGAGGAAUGCUCUGUCCUAAAAUGAUGAAUGCUCUGUCUAAAAUGAGGAAUGCUCUGUCCUAAAAUGAUGAAUGCUCUGUCUAAAAUGAGGAAUGCUCUGUCCUAAAAUGAUGAAUGCUCUGUCUAAAAUGAGGAAUGCUCUGUCCUAAAAUGAUGAAUGCUCUGUCUAAAAUGAGGAAUGCUCUGUCCUAAAAUGAUGAAUGCUCUGUCUAAAAUGAGGAAUGCUCUGUCCUAAAAUGAUGAAUGCUCUGUCUAAAAUGAGGAAUGCUCUGUCCUAAAAUGAUGAAUGCUCUGUCUAAAAUGAGGAAUGCUCUGUCCUAAAAUGAUGAAUGCUCUGUCUAAAAUGAGGAAUGCUCUGUCCUAAAAUGAUGAAUGCUCUGUCUAAAAUGAGGAAUGCUCUGUCCUAAAAUGAUGAAUGCUCUGUCUAAAAUGAGGAAUGCUCUGUCCUAAAAUGAUGAAUGCUCUGUCUAAAAUGAGGAAUGCUCUGUCCUAAAAUGAUGAAUGCUCUGUCUAAAAUGAGGAAUGCUCUGUCCUAAAAUGAUGAAUGCUCUGUCUAAAAUGAGGAAUGCUCUGUCCUAAAAUGAUGAAUGCUCUGUCUAAAAUGAGGAAUGCUCUGUCUAAAAUGAGGAAUGCUCUGUAUAAAAUGAAGAAUGAUCUGUUUAAAAUGAGGAAUGCUCUGUCUAAAAUGAGGAAUGCUCUGUCUAAAAUGAAGAAUGCUCUGUCUAAAAUGAGGAAUGCUCUGUCCUAAAAUGAUGAAUGCUCUGUCUAAAAUGAAGAAUGCUCUGUCUAAAAUGAGGAAUGUUCUGUCUAAAAUGAGGAAUGCUCUGUCUAAAAUGAGGAAUGCUCUGUAUAAAAUGAAGAAUGCUCUGUUUAAAAUGAGGAAUGCUCUGUCUAAAAUGAGGAAUGCUCUGUCUAAAAUGAAGAAUGCUCUGUCUAAAAUGAGGAAUGCUCUGUCCUAAAAUGAGAAAUGCUCUGUCUAAAAUGAGGAAUGCUCUGUCCUAAAAUGAGAAAUGCUCUGUCUAAAAUGAGGAAUGCUCGGUCCUAAAUGAGGAAUGCUUAUCUGAAAUGAGGGCUGCUUUUUCAGAAAUGAAAUGUGGAAUGUUCUUCCUGAAAUAGAGGCAAUUAUAAAUGAGUUCUCUCUGUCUGAAAGUAAAGGAGUCUCGUAGAGGCAAUUAUAAAUGAGUUCUCUCUGUCUGAAAGUAAAGGAGUCUCGUAGAGGCAAUUAUAAAUGAGCUCUCUCUGUCUGAAAGUAAAGGAGUCUCGGAUAUGUAAAGGAACCAAAGUUUUCAUUUGACAUUUUUUACUCUGCCACCUUUGAAUGCAGUGGGGCAUAAUGCAGUAAAGGGGCGUGUCUCCUACAAAUGUCAAGCGACGGCUCUGCCUAUCAUAACUACAUUUUGUAAACAAAUUUUUGUUUCUUAUCUCUGCAGUUUUUUUUUUCCUCUGUUUUGUUAAAAUGACUCUUGCUGACAAACUGUUCGGUGUUGCGAUGAAUACGCCAUUACGGAUGGUACUACCGCCUGAAUGGUUGAUCAUCCUUACUCCGCGUUUAUUGCGUCACCAUAGUAACGGCACAACACCCGCAGGCUUGCUGGGAGAGGCGCCCCGUGGAAACUUGUGAGGAAACACUCAUUUAAUCUCAGGUCUGAUCGGGGGUGACGCGUCGACACGUCUGCCUUGGUGGAUGAGGGUCAGCUCUAGUGGAGGCCAGAGACAAAUCAGCAGCCUGGUCCAAGAACGGGGUUCGGAGAGACUUUCUCUUUCAGGGUGUUUCAUCCAAUCAGGGUUUUUAGGAAUAAAAGGAGAUAGAAACUUGCGCUACUCUACCGCACAAACAUGUGGAUAUGAACCUUAUGCCUAGAUCGGGGGAAAAAACUGAUCGCCACUUUAACAAUCGGACCCUCAUCUGUGACGUGGCUUAAAGUAUUCAAUGGAGGAGCGUCACGCUUGCACUAAAGGGAGACGUCAUUUAAUUUCCCAUGCAAUAGUUCACCUGCCGGUCAGCACCCGGGGAAACUGCCUAUUAUUAGGCAUACUACAAUUCUUUUUGUAAACUUAUGUAUAAUAAUAAAAAUUAAAAUAUAACUAGAAAUAAUCCGACGUUUUUAAGAAAGUUAUUUUCAACUUUUCGUUUUCCGAAAAAAGACGUCGAUUUAAAAUACUAGUAUCAGUGGCGUACCUCCCUCGACUAAAUGCCGCCGGAAGGGCGGGGGGCGAACUUUCAAAAGAUCUCCACCUAUUUUUUAACACACACACACACAACAUUUAUAUGUUUAUAGAUCAGUCCAAAAAUUGCCGCCCGAUAUCGUAAGCUGCUGUCUCACAGACGCCUCGCAGCAGUUUUGAGCAGCCGCGCAGCAAAUUUCCAUGUACGUUUGUAUUUGUGGGCUGCAGAAUUUUGCACACAAAAAAAUUGAUGCUGUAAAACUUAGCACACAACUGUAUGAUUUUGCACACGAACCAACAAACCUUAGAGGAAACAUUGAUGGUGGCCCAUUCGCAACCCUCCUAGGUUCGCCACUGAGUACCAAUCUGUGAGAAGCUUUAGCUGUCCAUCUCACCUUAUCGGCUAAGUUGCUUUUGCACGUAGUUUUUCGAAUAGUUUAGUUACAAACACCGGAAGAUUGCUUUAAAUUUGACUCUGGUUCUCUCCUUUUCUUUUCUCCCCCCAACCGACACUUUUUAUUUUAGUGGUCUUCAUCAUCUAAAAAAAACAAAAAAAAAUUCUAAAUAAAUGUUUGGAACUCUACCUGUGACCAUUUUAAUUCUCGCUUGAUUUAAACUUACUUACACAUAAUAAAUCGCACAUGCACCGCGAACCUACCAUCUGAAAUAUUUAAUGCCAUGUUGGAACUUGGAGUGUGUAUAUUUUGAAUCAAUGUCUAAGUGAAAUGGAACAAAAAGCUAACCAUUGUAUGGUGUUGUUUUUUUUCAGUGUGUCAGAUAUAUAGUUUUAAAGAGUUGAAAAUGAAAACCACCUUCUACAAUUCUACAACAGUACAUACUAUAGUACAAUACUAUGGGUGUAUGUUUAAAGUGGACUUGACGAUAGAUUCCAUCUACUGACUACAAUACUAAACUCUACUAAUGAUUUUAAUUCAAGUUCUUGAGAUCUUUAAAUAAUUUUCUCCGUUGACAAAUUCUCCAAAAUGAGGAAAAAUGAAAACAAUAUCAACUUUAGUUACGUGUCUUACAAUAGACUGUCAUCUUUUGUUCUAUGAACUACAAUAGCAUCUUUUGUUCUAUGAACUAAAAUAGCAUCGUUUGUUCUAUGAACUACAAUAGCAUCGUUUGUUCUAUGAACUACAAUGGUAUGGUUAGCGGCGAUAAGGCCACAGUCUUGUGAGCCAGUUAUUGAUUUGCGUCCAGCUUUGGGUCGAUAUUUGAUCAAAUAACUGUUAAUGACUCUCUUUACUACCAACGUGCGCUCCUCAACACUCUAUGAAGAAUGUUCACGUAACAGUGGUGAUUAUUUUACUAGUAGAAUUCCACUGGCGUUAAUUUUAUGUUCAGUUGUAGAUAAAUCAAAUGUGUGUGUGUUUUUGUGUGUACAAAUAAUUCGUUUGACCCCAUUCAACAGGAUCUUUGUUGUGUACCUUAGAUGUUUGUGUGUGUACAAAUAAUUCGUUUGACCCCAUUCAACAGGAUCUUUGUUGUGUACCUUAGAUGUUUGUGUGUGUACAAAUAAUUCGUUUGACCCCAUUCAACAGGAUCUUUGUUGUGUACCUUAGAUGUUUGUGUGUGUACAAAUAAUUCGUUUGACCCCAUUCAACAGGAUCUUUGUUGUGUACCUUAGAUGUUUGUGUGUGUACAAAUAAUUCGUUUGACCCCAUUCAACAGGAUCUUUGUUGUGUACCUUAGAUGUUUGUGUGUGUACAAAUAAUUCGUUUGACCCCAUUCAACAGGAUCUUUGUUGUGUACCUUAGAUUUUGUUUCUGCCUUCCUCUUUUUGCAACAUGUUUGCAAUGUGCCGUGUAAAUCUAAUGGAUGAUGCAGACGGUCUAACUCCGUAACAACUGUUGCUGUUUACAUCAUAGCAUCUGUCGGAUGAUUGGUAUCAUCCCAGACCGCGUCAUUGACACGUGAGUUAGACUUUAUCCCAGUCGCGAGGACUCCAUAUCUGAACACCACUCUAAAUGUGGCACUUUCUAUAACUAAAUAGUGGAUAACAUUUACGUGGGGAUUUUGAACACUUUGUAAAACUAUUAAUAUAUGGCGUCACGAAUUGUUUACUAUAUUGAAGAAAAUAAUAUAUUUUCGUCUACAGAGUUCCAAGGAGAUAUCUAAAGAUCUGCAUUUCCAAUUAUACAUUUGCUGAAUCGGUGUCCCGCUAUCUCGAUACCAGCUGUGAAAUAACUGGCGUGGAAUAGUGCAGAAGUGUGAUUGGGUUAGCGGUGUGAUUGGGUCAUUGACCAAGCGGAGCAAUCUAUGUCACCCAGCGGAUCGUAAACAACAAACCCUCAGCUUGGACUGAAAUAACGUCGCGUGAACUCUAGCUUUGCCAAUUGACCAGAUUUCCUUUCAAUGGAUCCAAUUUUUUAGCAAUACAUGUGUGCACGUCACGUGCUGGACAAACAACAACAACAACAACAACAACCAUGAGACCAAACAAGUUUGACGCCCUCGGUAAGUUGUUUAGUUAUAAAACAAGUUGUUUUAAUUAACAUUGGUUAAACUCAAAAUGUGGAAUCAAGUGAGGGCAGGGUUUCUUUCGGCUAUAUCUCCGGAGGGGGGGGGCGGCACCGCCCCCCCCACUCUGGAGAAAGCCAAGUGCUCCCCCCCCCGAGCAAAAAUAUGUCCAACAAUAAAUGGGGGGGGGGGGCCCCCCCCCCCCCCCUCUGGGGAAAACCAAAGGCCCCCCCCCCCCAAGAAAAAAAUGUCCAAAAAAAAAAAAACUGGCCCCGCCCCCCCCCCCAUAAAAAUAAAUUUUGAAAUGCCCCCCCCCCCCGGGGGGAAAUUUCUGAACUAAUCACUGAGGGAGAGGGUAUCUAAGCACGUGCUCUAAUUCGCUUUUUGGCCAAACAUUUGGCGUCUGCCAUUUUGAACUUUUCUGAAAUGUUUACCGGGUAAUUAUUUUUAGUUGUGUUUGUGUCAAGACGAGAUUUAUUCAUGUUGAUUUUUUUAAAUGUGUGUUUUGCAACAACUUCAACCCUUGUGAUGUUGUCAGAUGUAGAUAUUGGCUACGCGAUGAGCGGGUCAAGGAUGGGAGAUCAAAGUCUUACAGCCAGUAACUGGACCAUCGGGCCCAGCAGCACAAUCUUCACCAGUCGCUCGGCUGACCAGGAAUUGGGGAAACCCAAAAGGUUUAUCACCAAUUAUAACAAGGUAGGUGCAUUGGAAAAUAAAUCCAUUUGAAUUUAGAUGGCCUUAGGUCAAGAACAUGUAUUUUCCUUGAAUCAUGGUUAAUUCCAACACAGACUAUGUGUCUGAAUGAAGUGAAAGCCUGUAGCCAGGGUCCUCCCAGUAAAACCUAGACCCUUAACUCUUAACCGUCAUUAGAAUGCACAAUGCACUUGUGUGUUGAAUUUAUAAACAGAGCAGGAGGGACAAGAGGACUAUGUGAUGUUUAAAACUCAGCUCUACGAAAUGAGCUGUUGAAGAGAACAGUGCGGACUUAUUUACUUUUAUAAGCUGAAAUACCCGAGUUCAAUCACGAGAAACCCGUGUAAGAAAAUAACGCUGAAGGUGUCAACAAAACGAGGAAACACUCAAAGUCGAUAUGAAUAGAGGGGCGUCUCGGAAAUGGGUUUUGCUUCCACAGCGGUAUAAUAGUCCCAAGCCACGGUAUAAUAGUCCCAAGCCACGGUAUAAUAGUCACAAGUCAUGGGCAUAAUAGUCUGAAGUCACAUAAAAACCCGGUUUACAGCGUGAUAUGCUAAUUUUCAAACGCCUUGGCGUUCACCAGAUUGAAUGACAGGGUCAACGUGCUACCUACUGCACUCUGGCUGUUACAGCAAGAACAAACUGCUCAGACGUAAAGGGGCAUCGUGCUAUUUACUGCACUUUGGCUGUUACAGCAAGAACAAACAACUGCUCAGACGUAAAGGGUCAGCGUGCUACCUACUGCACCUUGGCUUUUAAAGCAAGAACAAACAACUGCUCAGACCAAGGAAGACCAAUGCUGCCAAAAACAGGAUAUUAUAGCAGCAUCUUUAUCUAGAUACACUUUGUUCAGUCUGGAUGUCAGCAAAUGUUGUUUAGAUGCUAGAUCUAAAUCUGGAUAUUUUUAGAUGGUUUUAAUACAAAGGUGACCAACCCGAGGGCCGCAUGCAAAUAUCUCGGCCCAAGGAUGCACUGAUCUAUCACAAAUCAACUAAGGGGGGGGGGGAGAUAAGAUAAAAUGACGUCACAUUCGUCAAUUGUACUCUCUUGUGUUGUUUAGAAUCUCAUUGUGUGCUUUAAGAAAAGAUAAAAAUUUCUGUGGAUCAUGGUAUUUUAUUUAAUUCGAGAGCUCAUUAUGAAUAUCCCAUUCAUAAGUAAUACAAACAUUUACGGUUUUUUAAACAAAAAUUGUUGAAACUGUUAACUCUUCAAUAACGCCAGCCUAUUGAUAACAAACUAGUUCAAUUUCGCUAAUAGUUCAACAACACUUCACAUUUUUUUUAGCAAAUCAAAUAAUAUCAAAUUCAGUGAUUGUUUCAAAUGGGAAUUUUACCACGCAUAUUAGUAAACAAAAAAAAAAUCGUCUUAAUUCUUAAAAUUCAACCUUCCGUUGUGCGGUUGUGUGGUUGUGCGGUUGUGUGGUUGUGCGGUUGUGUGGUUGUGCGGUUGUGUGGUUGUGUGGUUGUGCGGUUGUGCGGUUGUGCGGUCCAUUAUGUAUCAUUUCUGACCUUGAAGUAUGGAUUUUAAUGCCAAGCACUACGAAAAUUUAAAAAAAAACACCUCCUGGUGUUGACUUGGUAAUUUUUUUUUUCUCCUUCUGUACUUUCAACCCAUUGCUAAAACUUACCCUCUCCCCCCCCACCCCACACACACACACACUCACCAACAAAAAAAUAAUAAUUAAUUAAUAAAUAAUCCGAAUAUUUGUUUUUUUUUCCUUUCAACUAUUCAUUUUGCUAAUUAGAGUAAUUCGAAAGCCGGCAAAAAAUCGGAAGACCAAGGCUGACAGAUUGAAGCAUACGGUUUUCUCCCUUUUUUUAAAGUUUAAAAAUAAAAAUAUGAUUUGGCCUCUAUUUAUUACUCUUUAUUUACAAAAAAAAACCCAACACUUAUUUCUUUAUUGUAACAGUUUCCAGACAAAAGCUCUACGUUGUUACGUCAAGGCUCCGGUCAGUUCCCCCGACCUGUCCCCGUCUUCAGUCGGUCAUUGCCUUCUCUUCUCACACCUGAUGCGGACACAGCGACAUCACCCAGGUUAGUGCUGUGACUUUGGCUUAACUUUUAGUCCCUUACUGCCGGUAUCACAGAUUGACUCACUAACCAUUGCACGGGUUUUAUAAGUCCUAAUAUCCAGUAUACUCAUAAGGUUACCGGAAAUAUUCUCUCUCUUUCUCUCUCUCCCUCCCUCUCUCCCGUUUCCUAUUACAGGUAAGAAAUAACUUCCCUCAUUCUGACACAAACGUUCAUGUAGUAAUCAUAUGUUAGUACGAAGGUGUCACCCCAUAUGACAAUACAUGGCCUUAACUUAGUACGAAGGUGUCACCCCAUAUGACAAUACAUGGCCUUAACUUAGUACGAAGGUGUCACCCCAUAUGACAAUACAUGGCCUUAACUUAGUACGAAGGUGUCACCCCAUAUGACAAUACAUAGCCUUAACUUAGUACGAAGGUGUCACCCCAUAUGACAAUACAUGGCCUUAACUUAGUACGAAGGUGUCACCCCAUAUGACAAUACAUGGCCUUAACUUAGUAUGAAGGUACCAUACCACAUGAGAAUGCAUGGCCUUAACUUAGUAUGAAGGUACCAUACCACAUGACAAUAUAUGGCCUUAACUUAGUAUGAAGGUACCAUACCACAUGACAAUACAUGGCCUUAACUUAGUAUGAAGGUGUCAUACCACAUGACAAUACAUGGCCUUAACUUAGUAUGAAGGUACCAUACCACAUGACAAUACAUGGCCUUAACUUAGUAUGAAGGUGUCAUACCACAUGACAAUACAUGGCCUUCUUAGUACGAAGAUGUCACCCCAUAUGGCCGUCUUAGUAUGAAGGUUUCAUACCCCAUGACAAUGCAUGGCCUUCUUUGUAUGGAGGUGUCAUACCACAUGACAAUGCAUGGCCUUCUUAGUAUGAAGGUGUCACCCCAUAUGGCCCUCUUUGCAUGAAGGUGUCAUACCACAUGACAAUGCAUGGGCUUCUUAGUAUGAAGGUUUCAUACCACAUGACAAUGCAUGGCCUUCUUAGUAUGAAGGUGUCAUACCACAUGACAAUGCAUGGCCAUCUAAGGUCCAAGGUGACAUCCCACAAGACGAUCCAUGUCCCUCUAGUUUUACCACACUUAAUGCACCAACAUAUUUCUCUCCAUCUUUGACCCCUGAUCUUUAAUGAACGAUGAAGUCCAUUAACGUUACACCCCCACCCCCAUCCAGCGGCCACCGACAUAAACAUAUGCAAAGAAAAUUAAUCUUGUAAUACCAUUUGUUAAAAUUGCUCCUAUCUUGAACGGUGUGAAACUCAACAUUGGCACCGUAAAGGUCUUUAUCUUUACAAGAGAAUUCAUCAUGGCCUCCUUAAAAUCGAUGGGAAGUGCAGUAAAAUCAAUGUUUAGCAUUUACUGAAAAAGCAGGACUCCAUUUUGAAAGUUUGAAUUUGUGUGUGCCCAGACCAAGUGGUUGACAUCGAGUAAACGUAACAGAGUAUUGAUUAUUGAUUAUCAAUAUCGAUGGAGAUAAAAAUGUUGGAAGUUUUCUGAGAAGUUGACUCAACUUUAGUCUAGACUUGAUAUUCUAAAUUGGGACAAGGAGAUGGGAUAUUGCCUAAGUUUGCCAGAUGGAAAAGGACAUUAUCAAUUUCUAAAGACUAAAGACAUUCAAUCAAUCUAAGCUCUUGUGAAGAUGGAGCCAGACCUCUCUUACGUUGUUAAAAUGGAAUCCAAAAGCAGCCAACAAAAACAAGAAGAGCAUAUUCCCACAUUCACCCACUCUGGGGCAAUGAGCACAGCACAAGAGAUGUAGUAGGACUGAUAGUUAACGACCCCUUGCUGCGGGAUCUUGAUCAUCAUGUCACACUUGAAGAAGUUAAUUCCGUGAUAGCCUUGGAAUAUAGGGCAGGCAAUGGUGGUUAAUGUUAGAAGACAAGACAAUAAAAUUGUCCCUAUUGUUGUUACACAGAAAGCUAGUCAUUGAUCUGAAGCAUGCCAUCAAAAGACAUUUUACUUUGAGGCAGAUGCGUACAGGGCAGAAGUACAUACAUUAGUUGGGACUAUAUCUGGAAGCGCUAUUGGUUGAAUUUCAAUGGCGAGAAGCUCACAGAUGAUAACAAGAAACUGAACAGUUAUGGAAUCCGGAACAGGGACAAUGUUGUUUUUGUGAAAAAAAACUACGUGAAAAAUGAGGAACUUAUGAUGUAAAACAGGAGCCAGAAUUAUCAAUAAAUUGAUCGUGGGCCCUUAGUAUAUAGAAGAAGAAGACAUUUCAUUUUCAAAAGGUCUGAAAAAGAGGACAUUUUAUUUUAUCCUUUUAUGAAAUGGGUUAGUCCGAUCAGUCUGUGCUCUGUAAAUAUGCAUUUUUUUUCCAUUUGGUGUCACCCCCCUGAGAUUGUGUCACCCGGUGCGAUCCACACCCCCUAGCUGCGCCACUGAUUCUUAAAAAUUGUGUUGCGUUAAUAUAAUAGUGCAAAUAAACUCGAUUUCUAAUUACCAUGACAAACAUUCAUUCAAAUUUAAACUAUAGAUUCUGGUCUAGAAUAUAGAAAAUGUAACUGCAAUGGCUUUCGGCGGAGUUUAUGAUAAAAAAUGUCUUUAAAUAUCAAUAUGUUUUGUUCACCUAUGCUAUCAAUAUAUUUUGUUCACCUAUGCUAUCAAUAUGUUUUGUUGACUAGGCUGCAGAGUGGCAUGAAACGAGUCUUCCUGAUUAGACAAAGGGACGGAACCCUGGGCUUGGGCAUCAAGGGAGGGAAGGAGUACAAAACACCAGUCAUUGUUACAGAACCAGGCACGCAAGGCGAAUCCCAGGUAACUAUAUAUAAUUUUAAACGUCAGCCAAAUAGCUGAUUGAUGUGAGCAGGCCACGAUCAAUUAAAUGAGAUUACCAAAAAGUGAUGUCGUAAAGCAAUCUCUGAUUUUCAAGCAGUUAAGUAACAACAAAAAUUGGAUAGAUUAAAAUGAAAAAUGAAGUUUAAUAUUAAUUAAUAUGUUGUCAAACUGAUAGCUAUAAAUUUAAGGUUUUUUGUUGUUGUUUCUAAAUUCUUAUUUCCUCCUUUAACUCUCUUGUUUUUCUGAUUUGGUACAGAUUUUAAAAUAUAAAAAAUUCCAUCUUAAUUUAUACAGUAGGCUAAUUUUAAUAUUUAUAAAUUGUUGUCAUAGGGUCUGUGCACUGGGGACAGGAUUCUUAAUGUCAAUGGGAUGGACUUCAGAGGCAUUUCCCACGCUGAGGCUGUCAUCAUCAUGCAGGCUGCCUGGAAUAUAAUCAUGAUCGUUGAGCACCCCAGGCUAAAUGGCUUUGAGCACCCCAGGCUGAACGGCUAUCAUUCUUCACAAAGUCAAGGUGCAUACAACUCACAUUAUUUAAUCUGUUUUGUUAAACAAAUAAUUCAAGUUCAUAGUGUCUGGGUUUGAACUCAAUUGAUUGCCAUAUUAUUAUUUUAUUUUUUUAAAUUAACUUUUUGAUAAAAAUCAGGGUUGCAACCUGUUCACUCAACAUCACAGGGAUCAAAAGUAGAAAGUGACAGAGAAUUGUUGUUUUUUCCCUUGCUGUAAGGGACAAUCAUUAAUUCUAGAUUUAUUAAAGAUCAUGCAGUUUUAUGAUGGUUGCUUUUAAAAUGACAAGUUGCUUUGGAAACAACUCUCUGAUGUCUGUUUAACAAAUAGUUAUGUUUAUGUAAAGGCCAUAUAAUUAUAACUGCCCAAACUAAUGUUAUUGUUGUGCCUUAUCUGCGGGCAAGUCUUAUAUAUUUACACUUACAACCCCAAACUAGGGAUGUGACCUAUCUACCGUUCACUGCAAAUAUCAAAAUUGACAAUCCUAAACAAAGGUUGCAGCUUAUCCACUGGCAUGAUCUGUAAUGUAGUAUAUACUGUAGUUGUGUGUUUGAUUUUGAGAACAGUAUCCCUUCGUAGUCACAAAUUGUUGAAGGCAAUCUGUAUCAUUUAGGGGUCAAAAAAAUAUACAGAAGACUAUAAAAUAUAGAAUAGAAUUUCAUUCUUUAAAAUCCCAAUCUAAUUCAUCAGCACAUAUCAUACAAAUGGUGGCUCUGGCUCUUAAACUCAAAAGGUAAAAAUGUUCCAAAAUUUGUUCAUUAAGUUUCAAUUAAAGGGCCCCAUUUAAGAACCAAAGGUUGGCAUAAAAACCAUCUGGGCUGGAUCAUGCAACAAUUUCCAUAGCAUUGCCCUCAAAGUAGACCGGCAUCACUGACAAAUAAAUUGUGUUGUGUUUCUAGCUUCUAGCUUAUGUAUUUUCACAGAAAUCUCUGACAACAGCCCAGCCUAUGAAGACCUUGACCUUUUGUUGUGUCCGUCCAAGGGGGGGAAACUUGGCUGUGCUGUUAACAGGUGAGGGAUCAGGGUCUCAGCAUGUGUGUGGGGAGCAGGGUCUCAGCAUGUGUGUGGGGAGCAGGGUCUCAGCAUGUGUGUGGGGAGCAGGGUCUCAGCAUGUGUGUGGGGAGCAGGGUCUCAGCAUGUGUGUGGGGAGCAGGGUCUCAGCAUGUGUGUUUACAGGUGAUGGAGCAGGGUGUCAGCAUGUGUGUGGGCAUUUGUGUGUGUUAACAGGUGAUGGAACAGGGUGUCCGCAUGUGUGUUCAUGUGCGCAAUGAUGCCUACACAAAAUAUAAUUGGCUUCUUAAAAUUGGUAACAAAAUGUAUUUAUCUUGCUUUAUAUAUUUCUUAUAAUUUGCAUUGGGGUAAGUCGACUUUGAAAACAAAUAAAAUUUGUUCAAACAGGUUAGGAUUUUACCAACUAAAAAAGUACUUCUCCAUUUCAAAUAUGAGAAUUUGUGUUUAUAAAUCUUGAUGAUAAAAUUAUUUUUUGUAUUUACUAUUUGAGUGUUCCAUUUUUUAGCUGUAUCAAAUCAAUAAAAUAACAUGUACAGUAAGUUUUCGCCAUCUUCUGUUAAUUCACUAUUAUCCUUGUACUUGUAUUUAUCUUAAUCUUCCUGUUCAGUUUACUAAAUCAACAAUAAUCUUUUUCAACCUCGCACUUUUACAUUAAAGGAAGUCAAGAGUUUUGAACUUAAUCCAAAAUUAAAACUUAUAAAAUAUUGGAGGCAUUCAUUGAAGUAUUUCUCUUGACAAGCUUGUACCGUACAUAAUGUUACGGGGCUUCACCUAAAAGUGUUAAAACAUCAAGCAUUAAUGAAAUUGUAGAAUUAGAUCACUUUGGUUUUAGUAAACUUUGGUAGUAAUUCCAGGAUUGUUCUUAAAUGCAGAGAUGCCAACGGCUGCUUUAUUGUGGACACAGUUGACGACAACUCCUCAGCAUUUAAAGCAGGCUUGUGCCCGGGGGAUCACAUCCUAGAGGUGAGUGGACGCCAGGCCAGCAGACUUUAUCUACUGAUGGUAUUCUGCUAUUUUAGUGAAAUAUUUUAGAGUCCUGCCAUGUUUCACUGGAGGGUGUCAUGUCAUAUAUGCUUAACCAAUGCCCUGCUUGAAAGUUGAAGGUAACACAAAUUGUAAAUACUAAAGAACCAGUAAGGGAAAUAUGCAUUACCAUGCCUUUUCAUUUUUCUAUCAAUGGAACACUGUUGAGAAGGAUGAAGAUUUUCACAUACUUUAAGUUAACUUUGCGUUUUUUCAUGGCUGGCUGGAAAAAUCUUUAGGACCGCUAGUUAAGCCACUCCCCUUCAAUGUAUCGAGCUGAAACUUGGACCAUGGAUUUGUCGAUGACAACACCUUCUACCAAUUUUUCAGUCCCAUCCCCAUAAAUAAUUUUUUCAUGUUUAUCAAGCGGAAGAAGGAGGAAAUACGGGCACCGAUUUCACAAAAUAAAUUUCCAGAUAACUGCACUAAAUGAAAUUAUUUUUUAAUAAUAGUUUUUUUUGUUUUUCUGAAAUAUUGGGUGAAAUAAAAAUGUGGUAUAAAAGCGGGUGGGUCAUUAGAACAUUUACAUUGGGGGGGGGGGGCACAAAUGGGUUAUUUUUACAAAUGUUUUCAGCCUUUUACAUUGGGGGGAGGGGGGGCACUAAUUGGUUAUUCUUACAAAUGUUUUCAGCCCUCCUCCUCAUACUGCUCGAUAUUACAUCUUAUAAAGGAUUUAUAUGAAAAACUUUCUUUUUAGGGAUUGCUUAAUUUAAUUAUUACUCUAUUUUAAAAUUAUUUUUUUUUUACAAAAUACAAGUGAAUGAUUGACUGGCACGUACUAUUUGAAAUGGAGGUGUUUUUUUUUUUGAAGCACAAUUGUUUCUCUUAGUACUUGCCUCACUGACACCAGUGCCACUAAAUAUUUGCUAUAUUCAAUCAACAAAACACCACAAAAAAAGGAAUUUCCAGUAGUAAGGGAAUGUAUGACUAUAUUUAAAACAUAAUCCUAUUUUAGUAUUAAAAUUAACUCUAUUGACGUUACCCAAAGCUGUUUAUGCUCUAGUUUGCGCACCUUCAUUUGAGUCAUAUUAAAAGGUGAUUUUGAAAAAGAUUUAUCACAUUACUCAUUCUAACGUACCACAAAGUUAUUAAUCAUUUAAUAAUUUGCUUUGAUCUUCAGAUUGAAGGCAUCCCUGUUUCAUUUCUAACAGACAAACAAGUUUAUACUCUCAUGAAUUCUAAGAGCCUUCAUUUUAAAAUCCGAAGGAUUUCUGGUAAUUUUUUGCUUAGCCAGUAUUCUUAGGUUCCUCUUGUAUAUAAACCUAAAACUCUUAAGACUUCAUAUUAUGCACAGCUACUAACUAUCAUACUUCAAUAUAUUAAGGGUCCAUGAUCAAUGUAUUGAUCAUUCUGUCUUUCAUUAAUCCUGGUGACACAAACUCCACUAAUGUAUAAAAUAACUCUUUUCCCCAUUUUCUUUUUACAGGAAAAACAUGAUUUACCUAACAUCAUGUUCAUAACAAAAGCAGAUUUCAAAAUGGUCAAUGGUUUUUGGAAACAUUCAUUACACAUGGAUGGGUGACUGCCAGGAAAUGAUAAAAGACCCAGUCAAAAUACAGAUAUAUUUUAUAAGACUCGAGACGAUCAUUGCUAUAGUUUUCAGAGGAAAUAUCAUGACCAAUUUAUGUUUUAAAAGGGACUUGAAAUCAGAUUGGAAAUCAACAAAGUCAAAUUACCUGGGCUGGUUUUGUAACUUUAAAAUGGAGAAAACAUACAAUUUCAAACUAAACCUCCUUACAUCAACUUGUAUGCAAAAUGAAGACUGGCCAAACAUUAAAAUAUGUUUAUUCCAUUAUUUUGUGCUGGAGCAGCCAUUAGAAGAUGCAUUUUUUGUGGAUAUUUAUGUAUAUAUAUUUAAUUUUAUGUCAAUAAAACUAAAACGAUACAUCCUUCAGUUAAAAAUUUGUUUUUUAAUUCAAGCUGCAGGACAACAUCAUACAAAAUAAUUUUUUG